AUGGUCACCGAGGCGCACCGACCCCCGAGGUUUCGAGGGUAUGCAAGGCAAGAUUAUACGAGGACGGACCCUUUGCAGCUUCUUGGGAAGCAGGGACAAAACUGCAGAAUCACACCCAAGACCCUCAAAAAUGUCCGCGGAACCGAAGCGUGA